AUGGUGAAAGAUGGCAAAUCUAUUGCAAUGUUACAACAAGCCGAAAUUACCGAAGCUAAACCCGAUGUUUUUUGGCAUGAUGAUGGAUACUUUCUGAUUAAAUUCCAAAACUCUGAUGAUAUGAAUGUUGUUCUUAAUGCUAGUCCACACAUGUUCUUUGGUAAGGCGGCUAUUGUUAAGCCUUGGUCUGAGAAAUUUGACUUUCAUGCUGAGGUUUUGAGAAAUGUUCCUAUGUGGGUGAAAUUACCUAACUUACCUUUGAAUUGUUGGGGUGUGGACACCCUGAGCAGACUGGGAAGUGUCUUAGGAGUACCUUUAUGUGCUGAUGAGUGUACUUCAAAGCAGUUGAGGGUUUCAUUUGCUAGGUUUCUCAUUGAAGUUGAUGUCACUAAGACUUUACCCAAGAAUAUCUGGUUUGAAAGCCCAGAUGGUGCUUUGAUUGAACAAAAAGUUGUUUUUGAGUGGGCACCCCCCUUUUGUAGCAAAUGUAACAAAGUAGGCCAUGACUGUGCUAGGAAGGUGCAGCCUCAAAAGAAGCAGGUGUCUUCUAAGGAGAAGCCUACGCAAAAGGUGUGGGUUGUUAAGCCCCAACCUGCUACUGUUCCUGCACCUGGGCUUAGUGUGCCUGAGUCUGGGGGUAAUGGUUCUAUGCAUAAUGCUGGUGUGUUCACUCCUGCUCUAACUACUAUGCAAGCUACUUCUGAUGAUGAUUGGAGAAUGGUGGGAAGGAAGCAAAGAAGUCAUAGUAAUCCUCCUGUCUUUACUAAUGUUCCUCAUUCUAACACUUAUGCUGCCUUGCUUAAGGAGGGAGGUGAUGGCUAG